AUGCAUAAAGCACUAUGGCGCGCGGGCGCGCUCAGUAUGCUCUGUCUGUGUGCGGCCGCUCUUCCUGCCGAUCCGACACCACUAGCCCUCGAGCCCCUCGCUACCCCUACGAUAACAUCGGCUGAUGCUACUGUCCAAACCUCGCCUUCAAGCGAAGAAUAUCUUCGAAGUGCAUCCGUCCAACGAUUCUCAUUCAGCGACGUAGCGUCAGCAAUGGGAAUGUCUAGCCCGCCUACGCCUUCUGCCCCGCCAGCGCCCGCUCCAGACGCUCAAGUACAGCCUCUCGUUGCACUUGCUGUAGCGCCACAGCCCGUGCCGGUAACGGACAUGCCUGCGACAGAUCCUCAGGGACAACCUCUCGUGCCUGUGGCAAUUGCGCCAGACACAGUGGUUGCUGCUCCCGUCCCACCGGCCAAGCCAGAAGGCUCACCCGCCGAUCGACGCAUAGCCGAGACGAUCAGAGCGCACGCGUUGCUCGCUACGGCCGCGUAUCAGAAUUCCUCAGCAUGCGAGCAAACAUUCCAAGGAGCAAAAGUUCUGGGGACCUUCAAGUCCAGACUAGAUCAGGAAGGCUACAUGAUCUCGUUGCCUUCUCGCAAAGAGACUGCCAUCGUCUUUCGCGGUACGGACGGAAUCCGCAACAUCAUCACAGAUAUCCAGAUCGCACCAGCCUUAUCCGGCUUUCCCCAGUGCAACAACUGCCUUGUGCAUAGCGGCACGCUUAUGAAUUACAUGUCUGCCAAGAAGACAACCAAUAACUUUGCACUUGCACGAGAAGACGCGCUCGCGAAUGGUCACGAUCUCGUCGUAACAGGCCAUUCGCUGGGUGCAGGCGUGACCGCAAUGGCGGCCAUCGAUCUGUCAGACUCUGUGCGGACGGUCUCGACUUUUGGCGAGUACAGGAGCAUGACACCGGCCGGUGCCAAUUUUCUGGACCAGCACUAUGGCGAUCGCAUCUCUCGAACGGUGCACCGAAACGACAUUGUGCCUGCAUUGAUGCCUUCGACUGUUGGACUGGUCCACCACGGUACAGCGUACUGGCUGUCAGACGAGAACGAGCUCGUUCGGUGCAUGGGGCCUGAAGCGAUUGGAUGCGUGGGUGGCAUGAGUGUAGCGGACCAUUCGUUCUAUUGGCUACACUGCAACUUGAGAGGCUACAGGAAGCUUUUCCGUGAUCCCACUGUGCUUGCCCAAUGA